AGUAAACACGAAUUUAAUUAAGUCAAAGUCAGACGCCGUAUAUGGUUUCCGUUAAUAAAUAAUAAAUAAUAAAUAAUUAACAAUAAAACUUAGUACAAGAAUAUAUGUUUAGAAAAGAAAAUGUUAAAAGUAAUUUCUAGUAGUGAAAAUGAAAUAAAUAAAUUAAGGUGCGGUGAGAUAUUUUGUUUAACAUCCACCAUUUACAAAGCAAAUUGUUUAUUUUGCGAUAAGGAAAUUGAGUUUGAAGAAUUUCCAAAGCAUUUCCAAAAUGAACAUGCGACGAAACUAUUCCAAACCAAAGCUGCUGACAAUGAUGCAGAGCAGACACUAUUAAGAGAUAUCAAGAGAGAAACGAUGGAAUUUCUACAAAUUCCUCCUGAGAACGACGAAAUAGAUGGUGAAAAACUCAUAUCCAUUGCGGACUUGAAAAAUUUAAAUGAGGUAGUAGAUCAAAAACCAAUUCAAAUUUUUGCUGAACUGGAAGAUGUAGAACACAAAAUAGAUAACGAUGGCGUUGGCGAUGGCGAUGGCGACAGACGGAACGAUAUGGAUUGUGCUGAUAAUUGUGAUUGGAAAAAUGAUGAUGAUGAUAUAAGUGAUGACAGUGAUUCUAAAAUGAAUUCUUUGCAAACACCGACUAAUGUUGUAAUUUCUGACAAUGAUAAACCCUAUUCUUGUACAAAAUGUCCCCGCACCUACAAGCACCAGAAAAGUCUGAAGCAGCACAUACGCAUACAACAUGAAAAAGAUCUUCAAAGAAAAGCAACUACCAAGAAUAAGGAUCCAAAAUUCGUUUGUGGGGAGUGUGGAAAAUCUUUCAAUAAGGAAGCAUUCUUAUUAACUCAUCAAUUAAAUCACACUGGAAUAAUAUGUGAUAUAUGUGGAAAAACAUUUAAACAAGUUGGCAAUCUAAAGCAACAUAAAAUACGUCACACAGGCAUUAGGAAUUUUAAGUGCAAUAUGUGCAGUAAGACAUUCUUUAGAGAGACGGAACUUAGGUUUCAUGUGAUCAAGCAUACACAGAGCCUGCCGUUUGUCUGUGAGAUAUGUGGCAAAAGCUUGCGUCAUGGUAAAUUAAAGUCACAUAUGAGACGACAUACUGGCGAGCGUCCUGCAAAAUGCGAUAAAUGCGGCAAAAGUUUCUUCGAUAAUCAUGAUCUAAAUGUGCAUUUAACCUCACAUAGUGAUGCUCGUCCGUUUUCUUGUGAUAUUUGUGGUUCAUCAUUCCGGCAUAAGAAAGCCUUACGUGUACAUAAAAAAAUUCACAACAAAAAUUGCAAUCAUAAAUGCAAAAUAUGUGACAAAGCAUACGCUCAAUCUGCGGGUUUAACUGCUCACAUGAGAACCCAUAAAAUAGCCGUGAAGGAGAAUUCGACUUUAGUUAAAGGCACAUUCAGUAUGGAUCAUUGCAAAACAUAAAAAUGAUCCUAUGAUUAGAUGGAUUCUAGCCAUAAUACAAAAUAAAUACUUAGUUGAUUUACAAAUUAA